AUGCACAGUCAUGAACAAGAACUAAGGCCAUAUGCAUUUGCAGAGGCACCGAAACAAGUGCACUCACAAGGAUAUGUGACAGGCACAAGUAUACUUGCUGUGAAGUAUAAAGAUGGUGUAAUGGUUGCAUCUGAUACGCAAUUAUCUUAUGGUUCUUAUGCUAAGUAUAAAAAUAUUGAAAGAGUUGGGGCUGUCUCAAAGAAUAUAUUCUUGGCUACAUCUGGGGAGUACAGUAAUUUCCAGGAGUUGAUAAAAAAUCUUCGGAUUCAAAUAAAUCCACCUGGUGAUAAAGAGGUAUUUUUAGGGCCACGGGAGUGCUUUAAGAUGGUAAGGAAUUACAUGUAUGAAAAAAGGUGUAAGGGUAGGCCUGAGAUGAAUACUCAUGUGAUUGCUGGGAUUGAGGAAGUUCCUGCUAAGGGUACCCUUCCUUAUGAGGAUGAUCAGAGUGGGAAAUUCUUGGGGGUUGUUGAUCACUUAGGGAACUUUUAUUUUGACAAUGUUGUUGGGACUGGGUUAGGGGCUCACUUGGCAAUUCCUGUGCUCCGGGCUAGGAUUGGGACUAAUUUAGAUCUCCCAGAGGAAGAAGCUUAUAAGAUUCUGACUGAAGCCAUGGCCACUUUGUGCUACAGGGACUGCAGGGCAUCAGAUACAAUACAGGUCUCAAAAGUCACAAAGGAUGGCAUCACCAUAUCCAAGCCAUUUGUGCUGAGUACGUCCUGGGAUAUUGCAAACAUGAUUUAA